GAGUCUCUCCCUCCAUGGCGGGCUCAAAGUAUGCAUAUGUCAGACACUUUGAACUGCCAGAUCCACUUCUGCCUGCCACAUUCAUCGUCUGUCGCCUCGAUGGCCACUCUUUUCAUCGGUUCUCAGACGAACACGCCUUCGCAAAACCCAACGAUGAGCGCGCACUCAAGCUAAUGGAUCGUGCUGCUCAAUCUCUCAUGACAGAGUACAAGGACAUCGUCCUUGGUUUCGGAGAAUCAGACGAAUUCAGCUUCCUCCUGCGCAAGACAACAAACCUUUACAACCGCCGCCACGCCAAAAUACUCACGACCCUAACUUCGUUCUUCACAUCGUGUUAUGUCUUUCAUUGGCCACAGUACUUUCCCGAUACCCCUUUGCGGUACCCACCCUCCUUCGACGGUCGCAUCGUUCUCUAUCCCAACGAGCGCGAAGUUCGCGACUACUUCUCGUGGAGACAAGCAGACACUCACAUCAAUAAUCUCUAUAACACCGUCUUCUGGGCACUCGUCCAACAGGGUGCUCAAACUACCACAGAAGCACACGCCACUCUACGAGGGACGCUGUCGAAAGCUAAGCACGAAAUACUGUUUUCGCGCUUCAGGAUUAACUACAAUGAGAUCUUCCCGAGAUUUCGUAAAGGCAGCGUUAUCGUAUGGGAACAGAUACCGGAUGCCCCGCAUGAUAUCGGAAAUUCCCAAGACAUGGUGUCCACGCAAGAUCCAUCGGGGGAUAACGCCGUUGAAAAUUCUGAGCCCUCGAAUGACAAAGAUGCCACGUCGAGCUCUCAGCCAAAGCAAAAGCAGAAACUACAAGUCAAGCCUCGCACGACGAUAGAAAUCAUGCACUGCGAUAUAAUAGGUGAUGAAUUUUGGCAAACACGUCCUUACCUACUUUCUGGAUAAACGAAGCAUACUGGCAUCACAUCUAAUUUUGCGUACCUUUCAUUUGGACCCACUACACUUCCAGUUUCGAAGUUCAUUGCCGAUGUGACCGUGGUCCCGAGAAAAUGAUGCUGAAAAUUUAGUAUAUAAUGAGCUGUGGUUAGACAGAGAAAAAACUGUGCCCAGCGUGUACCACAUCUCUGUGCCAAUGAAUCACCUCCCACAGUUACCAGUGGUCGUGUCAGCCUCUCUAGUUCGAUUGCUGAUGCCACUACACAUAUAUAAACUCUAUUCUGAGCACUAUGACGGUACUUCGCAUCGCAAUCGAUAUUUCUGACGACCAGACUGUCAGGGUCGCUGGUGAGCCUGACGCUCAGGACAAAGGAGAAGAAAAGAGAGGGCGGUCGGU